AUGAUGGUGAUCAGUCAGCUCAAUCCCUACACCCUUCGCUUCGAGGCCACCUGGGAGACCACCUACGACAAGCGAUCGGCCUCCAACGCUUUUAUGAUCUGCGGGGUUCUGUAUGUGGUCCGAUCCACGUAUGAAGACAAUGAGAGCGAAGUCAGUAAGAGCCUCAUCGACCACAUGUACAACACCAAACUGAACCGAGGCGAAUACAUCGACAUCCACUUCCCCAACCAGUACCAGUACAUCGCCGCUGUGGAAUACAACCCUCGAGACAACCAGCUGUACGUGUGGAAUAACUUCUACAUCCUGCGGUACAAUCUGGUGUUUGGUCCACCUGAUCCAGCCCACGCACCACCUAUCUCAGAGGCAUCCACAGCACCCAAGUUACUAAAACCAACAACCACUACAACAACCACUACUCAGCCGAGAGGUCAGGUGACUACUGUUACCACUACAGGGACCAGAGCUGUUAAUAAGACACCCAAAUCACCAGCUGUACUUCCCCAAACCACCACACCACCCUCACUGGAGUCUUUCCCUCCACCUGAGCGCUUCUGUGAGAGCGUAGAGCUCAGGGACAUACUGUGGCCGCAGACGCAGAGGGGCAUGCUGGUGGAACGACCCUGCCCCAAAGGAACUCGAGGCACUGCCUCCUACCUAUGCGUUCUCUCCACUGGGACCUGGAACCCAAAAGGCCCAGAUCUGAGCAACUGUACGUCCCACUGGGUGAAUCAAGUCGCUCAAAAGAUCCGGAGCGGGGAAAACGCAGCCAACCUGGCGAACGAGCUGGCCAAACAUACCAAAGGAGCCAUCUUUGCCGGUGACAUUAGCUCUACCAUGAGGCUCAUGGAGCAGCUGGUGGAUAUUCUAGAUGCUCAGUUACAGGAACUGCGACCCAGCGAGAAAGACUCCACCGGCCGCAGCUUCAAUAAGCUUCAAAAGCGAGAAAGGACAUGCAGGGCGUAUAUGAAGGCUAUCGUGGAUACAGUCGACAACCUCCUCAGACCGGAGGCUCUGAAAUCAUGGCGAGAUAUGAAUACCACGGAGCAGACGCACGCCGCAACUAUGUUACUGGACACCCUGGAGGAAGGAGCCUUUGUCCUUGCUGACAAUUUAAUGGAACCGGCCAUCGUGAAAGUACCAGCCAGUAAUAUAAUUCUGGAUGUUUACGUGCUGAGCACAGAUGGGCAGGUUCAAGAUUUCAGGUUUCCCCAGAGCGGCAGGGGUGGUAUUUCUAUCCAGCUGUCUUCCAAUACGGUGAAACUCAACAGUCGUAAUGGUGUUGCCAAGUUGGUUUUUGCCCUUUAUAAGAACCUGGGGCAGUUUCUAAGCACGGAGAAUGCGACGAUGAAGCUCGGCCACGAAGCUAACGGACGCAACCUCUCCGUGGCUGUGAAUUCCGACGUCAUUGCCGCCUCAAUAAACAAAGAAUCCAGUCGUGUAUUUAUAUCGGAGCCUGUGAUUUUCACCCUGGAGCACAUCGACAUGCAACAUUACUAUAACUCCAACUGCUCUUUCUGGAACUACUCCGAGAGAACCAUGAUGGGAUACUGGUCCACUCAGGGCUGCAAACUCAUCCACGCCAAUAAAAGUCACACCACCUGCUCCUGUAGUCAUCUCACCAACUUUGCGGUGCUCAUGGCUCAUCGAGAGCUGCUGGGUGCAGAUAAAGUCCAGGAGCUGUUGUUGAGCGUCAUCAGUCGUGUGGGAAUCGUGGUAUCCCUCAUCUGUCUGGCCAUGAGCAUCUUCACCUUUUGUUUCUUCCGUGGGCUGCAGAGUGACAGGAACACAAUCCAUAAGAACCUGUGCAUCAACCUUUUCAUCGCUGAGCUCAUCUUCCUCAUCGGAAUCGACAUGACGGAGCCCAGGAUGGCCUGCUCCAUAAUUGCAGGAAUCCUGCAUUACUUUUUUCUGGCAUCUUUCGCAUGGAUGUGUUUGGAAGGGGUUCAGCUCUAUCUGAUGCUGGUGGAGGUCUUCGAGAGCGAAUAUUCACGCAGGAGAUAUUUCUACAUGACGGGAUACCUCCUCCCCGCUGUGGUCGUGGGCGUUUCCGCUGCUGUAGACUACAGGAGCUAUGGCACUAAGAAAGCAUGCUGGCUCAGGAUGGACAAUCACUUCAUCUGGAGUUUCAUCGGGCCCGUCACCUUCAUUAUUAUGCUCAAUCUCAUCUUCCUGCUCAUCACGAUGUACAAAAUGAUGAAACACUCUACAUCGCUGAAACCUGAUUCCAGCCGGCUGGAGCACAUCAAUAAUUAUCGCGUCUGUGAUGGCUAUUAUAAUUCUGAUUUGCCUGGCUAUGAAGAUAAUAAACCAUUUAUCAAGUCGUGGGUCAUGGGCGGCUUUGUUCUGCUGUGUCUCUUGGGCCUGACCUGGUCAUUUGGGUUGUUCUUUAUCAGCGAGUCGUCCGUUGUCUUGGCGUACCUCUUCACCAUCUUCAACACUUUCCAGGGCAUGUUUAUCUUCACCUUCCACUGCCUGCUUCAGAAGAAAGUUCGGAGAGAGUACAGCAAAUGCCUCCGACACACGUACUGCUGUAGCGGGAUCACGACAGAGAGCUCACACAGCUCCACAAAGACCUCAACAACACGGACAAGCGCUCGCUAUUCCUCUGGAACUCAGAGUCGAAUCAGAAGAAUGUGGAACGACACAGUCAGAAAACAGUCAGAGUCCUCUUUCAUCUCAGGAGACAUCAACAGCACAUCAACCCUCAACCAAGGAAUGACGGGCAAUUAUCUUCUUACUAACCCUCUUCUGAGACCACAAGGCACUAAUAACCCCUACAACACCUUACUGGCUGAAACUAUCGUAUGUAACACACCAACGGUGCCAGUCUUUCACUCUCCAGGACACUCGGUGACCAGCGGCAGAGAUACGAACACGUUCGGGACUCUACCACUCAACGGCAACUUUAAUAACAGCUACUCACUUCAUAACUACAGCGACGGUGUGCAGGUGGUGGAUUGCGGGCUCAGUCUCAAUGACACAGCCUUCGAGAAGAUGAUCAUCUCUGAGCUUGUGCACAACAACCUCAGGGCCGCCGAGUCCCAGAUCAGCACCAAAAAGGGGGCGGGGAUCAGCAGAGGGGAGGAGCCUGUGGUCGCGGAGACAUCGUCCCUUGUGCAGGUGGGUGGGGACAGCGAGAUGGACGGUCUGGGGCUGCACCACACGCAUCCCCGCACACUCGAAGCCCCCCUCAUCCCCCAGCGAACUCACUCGCUCCUGUACCACACGCAGGAGAGAGCGAGGGCCGACACGGACGGAGGGCAGUCGCAUCCCCACAGCUACAUCGGCCAGCUACCACCUCCAGCCGAAACUGCCCUGCCCUCCCCCAUCAGAGACUCGGUGUACACCAGCAUGCCAAACCUCAGAGACUCGCCGUUCUCGGAGAGCAGUCUAGACGUUGGCCAGGACCUCUCGCCAUCCAAACACAGUCCGAGCGAAGACGUUUACUAUAAAAGCAUGCCCAACCUGGGGUCAGGCCAGCAGCUGCACGCGUAUUAUCAGAUGAGCAGAGACAGUAGCGAGGGCCUCAUCAUCCCCGUCUCUAAAGACGCUUGUGUCCCCGAGGGGGACGUACGAGAGGGACAAAUGCAGCUGGUCACAAGCCUUUAAAACAAACUGUAAGCACCGCCCACCAUGUACACAGCCCCGCCCAUCCACCGAUGGCAGAGUGGUCUUCCUUUUUUAGCCUCCCACAUAACUGCACACAUAAUGGAGAUGUACCGCUGCUGUCCAACGAGUUACAGGCAGGCCCAGACGGAAUCUGCAGACUUUUAAUUGCAUUUUCUGUGCUGAUUUUAGGUGGAAAUUUGCAGUGGAAAGUUGUCACUCAUGAAAUGUCACACAAAGCUUAUGUCUUGUUUUUGGUAAAGGUAUCCUUACAAAAAUGCAUUUACUUGUACAGCAAAAAUGCAUAAAACC